AUGUCUGAAGAAGUCACCUACGCCGAUCUCAACUUCCAGUGUUCGGCUGAGACAAAAACCGUCAAGGAGUUUGACAAGGUGAAGACGACAGUGGUUCCGGCCACUUCCCACGCCUGGGUUAAAAUCGCCUUGGGCCUGUCUCUCCUCUUCCUUCUCCUGCUCUUCAUCGCACUAGGAAUCUUGGGGAGCGUGAUUUACAAACUGCAAAAUGUCCAAGCUGAACUUCAGAGAAAUGUGUCUCUAUACCAAAUGGAUAACCUAACUCAUUCCGAGAAGAUCCAGAGCCUCUCUAGCGCGGUGCAAACGCUGGCCACCCGACUCUGCCGUGAGCUACACACCACGGGACGAGGGGUCAAAUGCAAACCUUGUCCACAGGGUUGGAUGUGGUUUACAAAUAGAUGUUACUCUCCACUACGUUCUCCUGACACGUGGGAACAAAGCAAGAAGUCCUGUGCUCGCCAGAAUGCCAGCCUGCUGAAGAUUGACAACGAGGAUACACUGGCAUUUGUAAAGUCCUGGCAGUCAUCUGGGUAUCUAUAUAAUAUUUGGCUUGGAGUGUCUCCUAAGAAAGACUAUAAGAUGGUGGAACUGAGUGUUAAGCCUUCUAUCUGGUCGGAAAGCAACGUAACUGACUUAAAUGGGAUGAAUUGUGGAUAUCUGCAUGGAUUGUACAUUUAUUAUAUGUCCUGCACUCGUGAAGCCAAUGCUAUCUGUGAGAAAAUGGAAGCUUCAGUACAAGUAGAAAGCGUGCUAAGUAUAGCUCAGGGUGAAAGUUUGUAGUUGGUAAAAUUUAUUUUGCUUCACAUCCUGUCCUGCAAUUGGAAAAACCUUGAGGUUAGCCUGCUGGCUCACACCAAUGGAAUAAAAAAAAUUUCUAUGGCCA